AUGCACAACUGGCCGAGGGGCUACAUGGGCGGCUGGCAGCUCGUCCCCACGUCCCCGGACGAGACUCCAGCGAGAGAAUAUGUCCAAAUCGAGGUCGAAAAGGAAAGCCCGCUCUCUCGGAAUCGGUCCAGCACUGACCUACAGCAGCUGGGAUGGGGCCUUGGUACAGCGCAGGCGGAAUCCACCAGGAGCAAGCGACACAACGAGCAGGAGGAGGAGGACGGAGAGGAGGAAAAGGACGAGGACGAGGAUGAGGAGAGAGGCAUGUCGCUGCAAGGACAGAGGAAUGUUGGUGGUAUGACAGCGAUGGCCAGUGCGAUGGGCCUGGUGGACAGAUGUUAUCGCGACAAGGUCAAACACCCCAGCAAGUUCUACGACGCAUGA